AGAAGCCAGCAGAGCCUACAACCUCACCUGACAGUGCAUUCGUAGACACUCCUCCAGCUACUGUGGAAGGCGUGUCCUCUUUGCCAGAGCCCUGUGACACGAAAAGCGUGGACAACAACACGGCAGAACAGACACAGACAAAGGGGAAGACUUCAGCACCGGCAGCAGACCAUUAAAAAGCAAGAUGAGUCGGCAGUGGAUCGUUCUUCAGACGAGUUGAAGCCAGAUGGCACAGUGGAUCAGUUUGGUGAUGAAUCAGAAUGGGAUUCCUCCAGUGUAGACAUGGGAGACGAAUAUAUACCACCUAAAGGUGAAUGUGAGGACAGCACAGAUGAUUCGAACGGAAGUGAAGAAUUCUUCGAUGACACAAUUGACCUGAUAUCCAAACAGAAGGCCAAAAAAAAGAGGACAACUAAGAAAGACCAUACAGUGUCAUCAAAGCGCAGGUGCAGAGCGCCAGGUUCAUGGAAAGCAAGAAGCAGCAUCCUUACCACAUCAAAAAGUCCUCCUGUUGCGGAAGAUGGUGAUACACCACUGUCUCCUCCAUCUGUGUCUGUUCCUGCAGUCUCUCAAAAGUCAGAUGGGAAAAGGGUAUAUGACAAAAUGCAGUACUGCCAGUUUUGUGAAACUUCAGUAAAUAAAUAUGCAAGACAUCUGGAGCGUCGUCACAGUGCUUUGGCUGAAGUUGCCAAGGCUUUAAGUUACAAUAAGGGUUCAAAGGAAAGAAAAUGUCAUUUGAAUUUUCUAAGAAGCAGUGGCAACUUUAUGCACAAUGCAUCUGUGCUCAAGAGUGGACAAGGGAGCCUCAUCGCAAAAAAGCGACCCAGAACACACAGUUCGGAGAAAGAAUAUGUGCACUGUUCCCACUGCCUUGGCCUUUUUGUAAGAAAACUGUUGUGGAAACAUCUUAGAAAAUGCGAUAAACGGCCAUCCGAAGAAGGGGCACAGAAGACAUUUUCUAAAACUCGAGUGCUGGCCACCUGCUCUAUUGAACAACCUUCACCUUCAGGCACCCCUGAAAUGUUCAAUGAUCUGACCAAGAGCAUGCGUCAAGAUGAUGUCACUAAUAUUGUCAAAACUGAUCCAGCAAUCUGGGGUUUUGGCUGCCAUUUAAUGAACAAGGUCAUGGGUAGUAGUACUGACACAGUUGGCAAUAAGAAGACUGUCACACAACAGCUGAGGAGUCUUGGUAGGUUGAUAAAGGCAGCAAGAGAGAUAACAACUAUGAAGACAACCAAAGACCUAGUGAGCCCUGAGAAUUUCAAGGAGACCAUUAAAGUUGCCCGUCACGUAGUCGGAUUUGACGAAACGACAUCAAAGUCAGAAAUUCCAAGUCUUAAUGGUAAAUUGGGUACUGGAUUGAACAACAUGGCAAAGUAUGGCAAAGAGCCGAAGCACUGCAGUACUUAGAUCAUGCAGAAGCAGAGCGGUACCAUGCAUUUUCCACUAUUGAUAGUCACUGGAGCGUGUACAUGGCAGGUCAUGGCAGGAGGGACCUCAGGGAGGCUAAAUUUAAUGCUCCCAAGCUAUUACCAUUUACAGAUGAUGUUAGACUUCUUCAUGUUCAUCUAGAUAAAGAGGUAACCCAAGGCAUCAAGGAAUUGAAAGAGGUGGUUUCAACAGCUAACUGGAAACAGUUGUGUGAGGCUACUUUGACAAAUGUUAUACUGUUCAACCGCCGAAGGGAAGGUGAAGUCUCAAAGAUGGAGUUGAAGUUUUUUCAGUCAAGAUCGAAAUCAGUGCCUAUUGAAGAAGUCAAACAGCACCUCACAGCCAACGAGAUGAGUAUGUUCUCACAUUUCACUCGGAUUGAACUGCCAGGAAAGCUUAGUCGUGGUGUUCCUUUACUACUAACUCCACAGACUGAAGAAGCACUUGAACUGCUGUGCAAUAGACGAGAGGAGUGUGCCGUUAAAAAAACAAACAUGUACUUGUUUGCUCGUCCAGAAAAAGACACAUAUCUCCGAGGUUCUGAUUGCAUUCAAAAAUUUUCAAAUGAAUGUGGUGCCAAAAACCCCGAAGCCCUACGCUCCACAGACCUGCGGAAACAAAUUGCAACAUUGUCGAGUGUACUGAAUCUCAAAGACGCAGACCGUGAUCAAUUGGCAAGGUACCUCGGCCACAAUAUUAGGAUCCAUGACGACUUCUACAGGCUCAAGCUGGACACCCUUCAAAUUGCCAAAGUCAGCAAGCUCCUACUCGCUAUGCAGCAGGGACGGAUUGGAGACUAUAUAGGGAUGAACCUUGACGAGAUAGACAUCUCCCCAGACGAGUCUGUACCAACACUGAUGCCUGACAAGGAAGAGGUGCAAGGAGAAGACGAGAUGGGAGAAGGAGACGACAGCGAGAUCGGGGAAGGAGAAGACAGCGAGAUCAGGGGAGGAGAGGUCAUGUCAGAGACCAGACUGAGCAACACCCUGCCCCCUGAAAUCCCAACCCAAAUGGAGGUGUCAUCCAGUGGUAUUUCUUCUUCUAUAAAAGGUCGCCACACAACAACGAAGAAGCCUUGGACCAAAGAAGAAACAUCAGCUGUCGAAAGAAGCAUGAGCCGAAAAUUCAUUGAGAAGUUUGUAGUGCCAGGGAAAAAUGACUGCAUUGCCUGCAUCAAUGCAAACCCGGAAGCAUUAAAAGAGCGUGACUGGAGAGCAGUCAAAUUCCAUGUAAAGAACAAGAUCACAGCUCUCAAGAGAAAAGCCUUUAGCCAUUGACCCUGUCUGGGGGGCUUCUGUGGUAUUAACUUUUUAUUCGUCUGUGGCAGACCGUUUUAGUUUCAUUUUUUAUUUAUUUUUAU